AUGACUACCCAUCGCGCCGACGAAAAGCGUUUCCUCGAUGAACGGGGCAAUACCGGUCCUCUUGCUCCCAAUGGUCUCAAUCCUGCCACUAUCCUCGAGAAACCUGUCCGCGAACGCAUUGUUGAUUGUUAUUUCUGGAAAGACCAAUGUUUUGCGCUUAAUGAAGCUGAUAUCGUAUCGCGUGUCGUUUCCCACGUAACAUUUAUCGCCGGCACAUAUGGGGAUUCGCAACGGCCUUCGCCAUUUUUAUGCCUCGCAUUCAAGUUAUUACAAUUAGGGCCCAGUGAUGAGAUAUUACAGGAAUACAUGGGAUACGGGGGAGAGAAAUUCAAGUAUUUGAGGGCAUUGGCGUUGUUCUAUUGGAGAAUGACGAGACAGGCGAAAGAUGUAUUUAUGGUUUUGGAAGGGUAUUUGGAGGAUAGGAGAAAAUUGAGGAGGAAGACGAGGACAGGGACAACGUUGACAUUCAUUGAUCAAUUUGUGGAUGAAUUGUUGACGAAGGAUAGGGUCUGUGGGACGACGUUGUGGAAGAUGCCGAAGAGGGAGAUACUGGAGGAUUUGGAGGUGUUGGAACCGAGGAUCAGUCCGUUGGGAGAUAUUAAAGAUUUAUUGGGUGAGAGUGAGGGAGAAGGGGAGGUGGAGACAGUGAAGGACAGUGUGGGAUCAGAGAGUGUGAAUAGUUCCGGGAAUGAAUUUGGGGUGGAAACGGCGGACAAGGGAGAAAGAAUGGAUAUGGAGUCUGGACCCAUCGGAUGA